AUGGGUUGUGUGCCAAUAAUCAACACAUAUAGUGAUCCACGUAUACUCUGCAUUGUUGCUCUGUGGACUGUGCUUCUCUUGCUACUUGCGUUCUGUUUAUGUGGGAGGAAUUUGCAAAUAAAACGGUAAGGUUCUUUUAGGGGCUAUUCACAGCAUACUUUAAUUUUGAAAUGAGUCCGUCCCAUCUCCAUAACUUUAUUACUCUGUAUAUGUUUACUUAAUGAUACAAAGACAAAGUUUCAUUCCUACACAAGUCAUUCUGGAAUGAGUUCAUUCCAGUUUUGAAUACAAAUUUAAUUCAUGUGGUGUGAUAUUCCAUUCUGGUAUUGUGUAACCUGAAAACAAAGUUAACUUUGUUCUGAUUAGAAAUGUAAUGGCAGACCAUGUAGUUGUGGGCCACCAGCACAUAUGUAUCACUUUCAAGUUUAUCUGGCACAAACACCAAGGGAGGGAGAAUGCCUUAAUUAAGCUGAGCCAGUCAAUUAUCCGAUGUGAAUGCAAAGUGAAUUCUUGGACCAAUAUAUAUCAACAUCUUGUUUUUUACUUAACUGUUCAACUUGUAGGUUGUUAAGAUUCACAUGCAUUUACUUAACAGUACUUUGGUCCUGUGGCUCUUACUUUUUUCCAGUAAUAAUUGUCUAUGUGUUAGAAUAAUUAUUAAUAGGCCUCCCAAGCAGAUAUUCUUUUGGCUCGUAAUGCAGUCCUCCCCAACAGUCAUGGGGCAAAACUGUCAAUGUGUGAUGCAGUCCUAAGAAUGUCCGUGUGGGAGAAAUGGAAAAAUAAAUUGGUCUAAAUUCUACAAACAUGAUCAUACCAACUUUAAAUAAUACAAUCAUGCAAGCAUCAAUUUUCUGUGCUUGAUAACACAUGUACAUCUGCUACACUGCAUAAUUUGCAGUUCAUUGCAUGUUGUGUUUGACAAGAGAGAUAAUCUUCUUUUUUUCAGGACUCUAACCAUGGGAAUUGCUAUCCUUGCUGUUCCAUUCCUUCCAGCGUCAAAUAUCCUCUUCACAGUUGGUUUUGUUGUAGCUAAAAGGGUGCUGUAUCUCUCUAGUAUUGGCUCUUGUCUGAUCACUGUUCUUGGAUUUGCCGCACUAAGCAAGAAAUACUUUGGAAAAAAGGUGAGCAGAAUGAUGUAUACCAGUAUAUAUUCACUUGUCACUCUUCAAAAACGUGUAAUAUGCUGGUUUGAAAUUAAGACUGCUUACAUGUACAUGUAUGUUAUAUUUAGGUGCCAUGCUCUUUUUAGCAAUGUGGCUUGACCUUGUUGGAGGAAGCGAUUGUUUUUCUGCAGCGGGAACACUCCAUUAGGAAUUUGAACUGACCAAAAGAGGAGCACAAGGAGGGGAAGUACCUAAGAGUCUGGUGGAGCCAAGAACUGCAGCUGAGUGUACCUUGUAACCAUGACAACCCUGUCAAUGGUAUGCAGGGUCCAGGCACCAUCACAUUGUGUACUAGUACAUGGAUUAAGUCCCGAUGGUGACCAACAUCAAUUUUCCCCUAACGAUAUCCAUACAUUGUCAAGAGAAAUGGUUAUGAGAAUUAAUUAAAUGAUCACCAAAGAGAAAAUGCUUUGAUCUUUUAUUUAACUCUCUCAACGUAUCUCUAAGUAAAUGUAUGAAUAUCAGUGUGGAUAAUUUGUAUGUGGAUAUUGGGGAUUAAAGGGUUGAAGGGUACGCUGGGUACACAGUAGGGAGCCGAAACCGUCACCAGCAUAAGCAGUGUAUAGCAAGAUACAUGUGUAACACGCACAGGGCACAGAGGAGUUAUUUGUGACCUUGGUUGUUGUUGUAGUUAAAUUUUACAGUUGAUACCGCACAUUCCCUUUGACUCAAGCAAACCGUCAUGCGAUCGUCCUACAAACCUGGUUAAAUAUUAUCCAAUGCUCCGGAAAACCACUGAAGGUAAUGACUGUGGACGAAUAACAGCAGCUACACUGUAUAAAGAGACAAAUAACACCUCUGCGCUCUGUGUAACACCCUGACAAGAAUUAAGAGGCUGUCCGCGUAAGAACCGAUAAGGCAAAUUUCGGUGUUUCACGGAUUGCCCUGAUUUUUUCAGUGGAAGAUAACUAUCCUAUCCCAUGAAGAAAUAUCACAUUUAUUUGGACCAACUCAAUUUUUUCUCCAUAUUACAGGAAGAUUUUCUCGGUCACCUAAAACUUGCCCGUUUGCCUUCAGAAGUGGUGCGAUUUUGGUGAAACUUUAGGGCUCUGUCAAACCUACCUUACGAAGCCGAAUAAGCUGAUUAUUUUACACACAAAAGUUUUAACUCUCAUUAACAGUGUCAAAGUUUAAUGGUUGCAUUCUGUGGAAAUUUGGCUGAGAUAUGAUUUUUUGAAAAUGACCUUUAAUUUGCUCAGCAGGAAAAGUAAUUUGCAUAACUAGAGCUGAACGGUAAUUUCGCAAAAGUGGCACCUGACCCAGACUCAAGUCUAUGAUAAAUCAGAAGUACUAAGACCAGUCUACCUCUUAAUGCAAUAAAAUUUGUGGGCAAUCUUCUCUGCGCGCUGUACAAAGUUCCGUUAAUGUUACAAAUUCGCCAUUUUGACAGCAAAGCUGGAAUUGUAACGGUCCGCAUUUGAUCGACUAAUUUCCACAGUUUUAACGUUUCUAGUUAUCACCAAAUGUCAUUAGACCCUUUAAAUGUUGGACUUUCGAAAACAUGAGGAGAAAACUUGGUAAUCGCUUUUUCUUGGUUUUUUUCCUGGUCGAUGAUCAGAACGCGACUUCAUUCUCCGUAUGCAAAUUAGCCUUAGAUGCGUCGUUUCAACAAAUUGAAUUGACAGGAAACAUAACUGCUUAUAUUUCACAUUUUUAAGGAAAAUAUCUCUUAGAACUUUCCACGGAAAAACACGAACGAUAUAUGACUUAGAAUCCCCUUAGGUCUGUUUCACGAGGAAGAAGUAGUAGAAGAAGAUAUGUUUACGCGAAUUAAAAUAAUUUAAUUACUGUGGCCCGUCACGCAUUCCCCGAGAGUGGCUGUGUAUCGAUCAGUUCUUUUAUCUGAUUAUAUUUUUUUUGAAGUGAUAGUUAUUGAUAAUCAUACAAUUUAAGUAAUGGUCCAGCUAAGAAGCAGGCAGAAAAACAAUAGCCCGCGGCAAUAGCGUCAGUUAUUUUUCAGGCGCUAAUUUCUCUAAUCAAAUUAAAUCUGAAUGCUCUGAUUGGUCAAUACAGCGAAAAGCGCGAAAUUUGAAUUUUAAAGUUGUAUUAAGAUAGCUUAAGACUCAUUCGAACAACUUUUUAUUUCGUCUAUUGCUUUGUUAUGUUGAAAAAUAUAACAUAUCUAAAAUUUAAAAGAUUUCUAUGCGCCAAACCCGAGGAAGUUAAACUGAUAUGAAAUUACACGAAGAUGAGCACAGUGUUACAUCAAUCAGCGACGUUGGGAACAACAUUUACGUCGGCUCUCACAAAAGAAAUGUCAAAACCAUGAUCGUAAACAGCAGCAAUUCACUCUCACGUGGCGAAUCUGGCGAACGCGCCAAUGUCCCGCGUUCAUAUUCGGCCACCAUACAGAACAACAACACGUACACAAAAUCAAAUCUAAAUGUUAUCUAAAUGUUCUGCUUUUGGAAAAAAAGAUGAUGUUGCCCAGAUAGAAAAACUUCCUGCAUGUUCGGAUAAUUGGGUUUCAGAAAAAGCUCUCCUACAGUUUAUCUGUUUUCAAGGUUUUGAUAUUACUCUUUAAAAAUCCUUCUUACAAUCUCUUUCGUCCUUGGAAAAAAUAAAGGCAAGCUACAGUCAUGCUCGCUAGAUCUUCCGUACCAAGAGAAACUCAAACACCAGUGACAGCUAUUUAUGAUACCUAAGCGGCUUCCGUCUCGGUAUUCUCCGUCUCAGAACUCAAAGGUACAAAAUGCAAACGUGUCACAAAUUUCAAUUCGCUCAUUUUAACUUAAGGUCCACGGCGAACUUCCAUUUCGCUUGAUGAAGCAGUCUAGAGAGAAAAAAAAUCGAAUGAGAGAUGGGUAAAGAUACACGGAAUAUGGAAGUUUCGAAAAGGGCAAACACAUGAAUAACACAUAAUGCGCGCGGAGGUGCGAAAAUCUAUUGAAUUCAGCUUACCUCAAGCUCAAGUGUUCUACAUCUCUUCGAGAAAUAAAUUCAUCCUUGUAAAAACAACAAAUCUUUCGCUUUCUCCUUUUAUGCCCAGCUGUACUCCAAUUUCUAGUGCCACAAUUAUUCCGAUCUCCUCCUGAUCCGGCCUGACAACGAAAACAACUACGCCGGGCCCAAAUUUCCAUAUGGCGACUCGGCAUGUCGAGGACGGCAGCAAACUAUGUUUAAGAGCAUUUUGACGAUCACUCCGAUGAUAAAAUACAGUAAAUUUGAGAUAAUUAUUCAAUAAAGAAAAAAUGCAGAUUUUUCACGAAGAAAUUGACGAGAUUUUUUCGGGUAAAAGACAAAUUUCCUAGCAUCUCAAGUGUCACACUAAGAUGGGGUCACAACAAGGUCGCGCGUGUGUUGCACGUUUUCCGCUCUAACUUUUGAUUGGCGCAUAGAACAAUGCUGAAACUUGGCCGUGAGGUAUAAGACAGGGGUAUGGAGAAAAUAAAGCUAAAAAAAGUUGUUUUUGUCACGUUUCUGACUGUUUUUUGGGCGAUUUUUGGAUUUCGGCCAAUCAAAACGCUUGAUUUAAUUGAAAUUAAUGAUUAAAAGUUAGCACCUUUUAAUCACUUUUGCCGUUCGCCUGCCUACCUCUUACACGGACCAUUACUUAAUCACUGCUAAUUCCGAUUCUUUACUGGGUGGGAAAUACCGUGCUGUUGUAUUUAUUCAUUCUACGACCGUUUUAACUAAGUCAGUAUCCCCGGGAGCCACCGUGAGGAUAGGGUUUAAUAUGACAACCCAUGGUGUAAUACACGACAAUUAGCUACAAAGUAGUCACUUGGACACGGCCACUCUUAUUCACGAGCACUAGCACAAUAUUUUCAAUUACAGAAUCAAAAAUUAAUAUUUUGGAAAUAGCUCGCAAACAACUUCAGAAAUACCGUGCGACACCAUAGGACCACACCUGCAAAGUACUUUCAUUUCCUAGAUCCCUUGCUAACCAUAGGCAGGGGCACCCAACGAGGAUAUAGUUCAAAACCACUUAACAUAGCAUUGUUGAACGUAGUUUAGUAUUCAAACAGUAGAUAUAGGCAUAUUUUUAUCCCCUAAAAACUUUUCAUCUGUUCGGAUUUCCUAGCUGAAAGUCUAGUGAUCCGAAAAUUAUAGGGAUAAAAACUUACCUUCCCGAAAACUUCAGCCAGGAAAAGGCUCCCGAAAAUUCUAGGUGGCCUUUUUUAGGGUCAAAAUCCCUUAAAAAUGGGUAAUUAUACCAUUUUGUAGAUGUUCGAAAAUCCUAGGAGAGGCAGGCAAGCAAGAAAUUUUACAACAAAUGCUCCGAAAAUUCUAGAUCUCAAAUCGUCUUCCGAACAGAUAUUUUCCCGAAAAUUGCCGUUGGGUGCCCCUGCAUAGGCUAUACAAACGUUACGGUGGUAUUAACAGAGCAUUGUGUUUAUCGCCAAUUAACAACAUUUCAGUAAAAAUGAGGAAUGGCAUGCAGAAAAAGGCAUAGUUAUUGUUUACGGUCCUUCUCCUGUUAAAUCCCAAAAGUUUUGCCGGCUGUUAAUCACACUAAAUUAAGGAUCCAUGUGUUCACUCCUGAGCUGUUGGAGAAAAGCACGUGCAAUCUUGUAUGAAAGACGAAAGUUUGUCAACUAGGUCUCCUUUUCUUUCCCUGGAUUUGAAUGGUAUUUUAAAGUGACAAAAGAUUUUUUUAGCAUUACCACGUUGAACUGACUAGGUUGUUCUUCCUUUGACAUACACAUAGGUUGAAAGCUUCUGGUUGAGGGUGUUGUGGUCUCAAUUCUUCAGCGAUUUCUGCAACAAGCUUUUGCCUUUCGAACUCCUCGUCUUCUUGCAACAGAUCUCUAUGGUCAAGUUCAACUUGUAUACACUUAGGAUUAUGUUUACGUGUUGACUGAAACGGGCUUAGAGUCCAACAUGGGCUGGCAAUAGGUGAGCACGGAAUUGGAACGGGAGUGGGGGGAACUCCCUAUGAUGGCCUAUACGAGGAGGUUCCGCCCGAAAGGAGUAUCUUUUUCAGGCUUCAGGUAUAUGAAAGGGCGGGCAUUUCACUAGAUGAAGUAUAUAAAAGGGCGAGUGCGCUUAUUGCAGCCUUAGCAGCAUCUUUGGUGGUUCUUAAAGAAAAAAGAACUAAGUUUAAGAAUUUAAGGAAAAAGUAGAAGGACUUAUUUUUUCAGAAAUUAAUAUAUACGGGAGAAAUUUCACCCCCUUAAAUACAAAUGCUUAUUAACGUAGAGGUGGAACAGUGGGGAGAGAGGGUGGAUGGUAAAGUAGGUUAAAAAUGGAGAGGUGAGAUGAAGCACAUUGUUCAAGAGGGUAUAAAUACAAAAACAAAACAAAAAAAACAGCAAUCUGGAGGCAUUUUUGAAGACUUAAUGAAAACGUUAUCAAACAAGAAAAACAGAGAAAUCUUGUCCAAUAAACCUCUUCGGCAAAUGUGUGGACAUGGUUGCAGACUGUUCAAUCGUGCUCUUCUCGACCCUUCGGCGUCAGGUUUUUUCAAGUUUCUUGCGACAGGAGGAGCAAAUCGGCUAUAUAAAGUUGAACUGAACACUAAGGUACUUUUAAGUAUCUCUAAUUUUUACAAAACCCAGAGACAUGUUUUAAACACUGUUUAAGUUCAAAAAAGUUAUUUUUAUUGCAAGAAUGAAAUACUUUUCAUACACGUGAACGACACCUCGACCACAAUCACUCCUAGCCUCGUCCCCAGGACAUUCGUCUUAGAAAAUGACAGGGGCGGGAAAGCCCUGGGGACGAGGUUGAAUCCUGACUCCGUGUAGAAAGUUCUUUUUUCCCAUUUAUAAUGCUCUUCAAACAAUCAUCAGAAAACAAUCUUUCACAACACACGGAUUAACCGGUAUGUAUAGUAUUUUAAAGGUAAGAAUUGAUUAGGGCAAGAUACACGGCUGUCCAAAAAAAUAGAAAUAACAAAAACUAUCUUUGCAAGCUCAAAUAAACUGGAAACGAACUUCAGAAAACAUCGCAAGAUAAAAUGUUAAAUAGAGAAAUUAAAAUAUCUCUGUACGUUAAGACAAUUGUUUGCAUGAAGAAGAAAAAAGAAUGAUGGAACAAAACUUUGACUUAUUUCGCUGGCUAUCUGGAAAUUUACGACGUGUCUUCCUGCCACAGAAGUUAUUUUGCCAGUAUGAUCCAGAGUGUGACCGCGGUAUUGACAAGACCUUAGGCUCGAUUUCCGCCCUCUCCCCGUCCAUUGGGGGCUCGUUUUCCAGAACAGCGGCUUACAAUCGAGCCUAACAAGACCUUGGCGCUCGCAAAAACCUGUGCCUAAAGCAGAUUGUCAUUUUAGUGUUAGCCUGUGUACACACCACCCUCCCCCCCUUGGGAGAAGCGGCCCCUUCUCCGAUUUUUCCUGAGAGGAGGGGGUCUGUACACAGGCUAUUCAGUGUCUGUGCCUUGGGCAGAUUGUCAUUUCAGUUCCGAAUACCCACCAAGCCUCGAAUACGUACUCUCGCUAAAAUGAGUUCAUUUUCAUUGUCUUUGCUACACUUGCUACACUUAAACAAGUGACAGCUGGCUAAGUGCGAGGUAAUAUCAUCUAUGCACUCUGUGACCAACACAUUUUCCUCCACUCCCCUUCCGGGACCUCACUCUGUCUACGAUCUCGCUGAAGAACUGCUUGAUGAAAUAGCCGAAAAAGCCAUUUUUCACAAUUGAUCUCUUCGGCGAUUUCAGUGACAUAAUUAUAUUUAAUUUGAAACUGGCACCUGUUGCAUUAUAAUUCAAUCAGAUUGAAACCAAAACAAGAUCAUCGUUGGAAUUCGGAUGUUAUACCCUAGCAAAAACUGAAAAGAUACUCCCUUUUGCGUUUAUUCACUGAAAAAAGGAACUAUUUUUCCCUUUUCAUUCUGCUACCGAUAAGCUACCGAUAAACGCUUUAAAGAUCUUUGAAUGAAACUGAAAUUUACCGCUAAUUUAAGAUAGAAAAAGUGUGGGGCAUUUUUUUUUUUUUAUCAUAGUGCCAUGUACAAAGAUCUGCCUUCUCCCGAUAAGCAAAUAUCAUAAUAAAACUUUCGACGUUAACGCUAUUUUUCAUAAAGGCACGCAAAAAAGAGUGCCCAAACAUUUUCGUGUGCUGACAGGAGGAAUUACCUUGCAAGUGAACUCUUAUUUUUUAUUAUUAUCAAUAACUAUCAUUUAAAAAAAAGAUGAUAAUAUGAUCGAAUUGAUCGACACAACGCUAUUGUUUUCUAAUCGACCACCCCUCUUCAGGAAUGCGUGACAUGCCACAGUAAUUGAAUUAUUUUAAGCCGCAAACAUCUAUCAUGAUAUAUUAUUCAGCUGCUUCUUCCUCGUUAAAAAAAAAAACAGACCUUAAGGGAGAUUCUAAGUCAUGGUUUGUGUUUUUUUGUGGAAAGGAGAAUUAUUUUUCCCCUUAGAAAUGUGAAUGUAACGAUUAUAUUUCCUGUCAAUUUGUUGAAAACAACGCCUCUAAGGCUAAUUUGCAUACCGAGAACGAAGUCACGUUCAUCGUCGACAAGAAAAAGACCCAGGGAAAAGCGAUUACUAAGUUUUCUCCAAAUGUUUUCAAACGUCCAACAUUUAAAGGGUCUAAUGAUAUUUAGUGAUAACUGGAAACGUUAAAGCUGUGGAAAUUAGUGGAUCAGAUGCGGACCCGUUACAAUUCCAGCUUUGCUGUCAAAAUGGCGAAUUUUGGACCAUUAACGGAACUUUGCACGGCACGCAAAGAAGAGUGCCCACAAAUUUUAUUGCGUUAAGAAGUAGACUGGUCUUAGUACUUCUGAUUUAUCAUAGACUUGAGUCUGGGUCAGGUGCCACUUUUGCGAAAUUACCGUUCAGCUCUAGUUAUGCAAAUUACUUUUCCUGCUGAGCAAAUUAAAGGUCAUUUUCAAAAAAUCAUAUCUCAGCCAACUUUUCACAGAAUGCAACCAUUAAACAUUGAAACUAUUAAUGAGAGUUAAAACUUUUGUGUGUAAAAUAAUCAGAUUAUUCGGCUAUGUAAGGUAGGUUUGACAGAGCCCUAAAGUUUCACCAAAAUCGCACUACUUCCGACGGCAAACUGACUAGUUUUAGGUGACCGAGAAAAUCUUCCUGUAAAAUAGAGAAAAAAUUGAGUUGGUCCAAAUAAAUGUGAUAUUUCUUCAUGGGAUAGGAUAGUCAUCUUCCACUGAAAAAAUCAGGGCAAUCCGUGAUAGACCGAAAUUUGCCUUAUCGGUUCUUACGCGGACAGCCUCUUAAUUAUUUGAUAUUUUCUGCUGCCCUGCACCUGUAGGUUUUAGGAUUUACUGUUGGUGCACUGAUAGCUUUGUACAUGGCUUGAACAGUACAGGUAAGAAAAAUGACCCUUCUGCUCGUAGAGCCUCAGAUAAUCAUAUCAAAGGGGUGCCUGGAAUUAAGCCUGAUGUUAGACAAUCAAAGAGUGAGGGUGUAAUUGCAUUGCAGUCUCCCUUUCAUCCAUGUUUUUACCAUCUAUAUCACCAUGUUAUAUUCUGUACCAAAAGUUAUUACGUAAUUUGCUUUGACUUGCUUCCUAUGCAGACGUUUCCAGGUUAGGCAAGGGACUUGUGGCGAAUUCCUAAGAAAUCUUCGUGGGGGCCAGUUCUUGCCUCAGAUUUCAUGGACUUAAAGUCUUGGUCAUACCCUUUCUCCCUCUGAUACUACUAUGAUACAGGCACCCCCUGUCAAAAGAUAAUGAGCUCAGGGCUCUCACUAAGUUUUAAAGUAUACAGCUAGGAUGUAAAUGUACGUGGCUUAGCAAUCAAGUUCUGUAGUUAAUUUCAGGCUUGCAUUCGGCCUUGCUUUACCCUUUUUCCCAAAAAGUAUGUGGCUCAAACCUAGUCGGUUUUUUAGCCAGUUCCCAGCACUUAAAGAGAACCCUGUAGAAAGCUUAUAAAAUUUUGAGCUUCUCCAUAAUACGGACACGUUGAUUUGUCCCUCUGGUGUUCGCCUGAAAACGUUCUUGGAGUCGUGGCUGUUUUUAUAUUGCCUUCUUCCUUUUUUCAGAGAUCCGCAGAAUGGGUUGAUGAAGACACUUUAUUCACUUCUGGACUCACUGUUUGUCCACUCAAUGCCAAGGUAAAUGAAAUAGCUGAAGGGAUGUUCUCACAGUCAUGAUUGCUGCUAGCAAGACCUCCCAUAAGGGACCAUUUAUACAAAAUACUGUUAGUAAUCAGUCUUGCCAGUCAAGGUGGAAAACUCUAGGAAGUGACCUCUUCCAGAAAAAGGGGGCUAUGUCAGGUGGAUAUUGUUGGACCUGUUGUGUCAGGACGGAAGGACAAUUCUGUGCUUAAGUCACAGGUCGAAGUGACUGUGCCUAACACAUCCACUUUCUUGUCUGUUUUUAUUCACUUUUUUUGUUAACGUACAUCUAGGCUUUGAAUUAAUUUUUUUUCAAGGGUAAAAUAAGCUAUUCAUCAGCAUUGUAAUUGAAAUUGUAAUUGUAAGUAACAUCAGGGCAGUGCCUUGCAUGGGUCUAGGGUCCCGUUUGCACUUGCCCUUUUGGGGAUGAGCAAUUGUUUUUUAAUUAUUCUUGUGAUUAUAAUUAAUUAUUUUUAUUUUAUUUCUUUAAUCAUAUAUCUUCUUGUUAAUUCUUUCGUGAUUGCAGUUUUGCCCCAAUAAAGUGCCAAAAAAAAAAAUUACUUAGUGCCGUUUCCCAUACACAAAAUGCUUCUUUAAAAUUAUGACGAGGCACAAACCUUAGUAAUUCGUCUUGGUGAUUCUCGCGGGCAUGUCAUUAGAGCUGGAAAACAGACGACAGGAAACAGCAGUCUUAAACAACAAAACGGGACCUAGUUAAUUUUGGAAUUCAAUUAAUGCGAAAAACGUUUAUUAGCUUCUUUUUUUUUUUUUGAAAGAAUAGCAAAUAGCGUGAACUAGCCCCUGUUCCCUGUAACCACCUAUUCCUGGCAUUUUGACUUGGUUGCGUAUGAGAGAAUUUCGCUGUAGCUCUUUUAGACGUUAGUAUAUUUAUGAUCAUUUUUGUCCCUUCAACAGGUUCACUACAACAUUGGCAAGCUGAGAGCUGAAAAAGGACAGGCAGUGAUUGCUGAGAAGUUUUAUAGAGAAGCAAUCAGGUACCGUGUAGAAAUCAGUGAGAAAUGAUAAACACUCAUUGUACUGGUUUAUUUCUUGUUAAUUGACGUCGAGUCAAAUGAUAGUUCUUCCCUGUACUUAAAUGAAGUUUCGUUUGAGUGUUUUUAACAAUAAAAAAAAUAGCCUGCAGUUUUAUCCAAGCAUGAAAAGGUUUCGGGAACGGCCCUUGCCUGCGGAAGUUCCACGGGUAAUGUUUUAAAGAAAUAUUUAUUUCAGAUUGGACAUAUCCUCACGUACCGUAUAGAAUUGCGCCAAUACAAAGGAUGUACUGUGCUUGAUUCUUGGAAGAGCUCGUUUUUCUUUUCCUUUCUUUUUGUUUUGUUUUGUUUGCAUUUUUUCAUAUAUUUUCUCUACCCUAAUGGCUUUUUUCCCUUAAUUUUCUCCCUUGCUGCCCGAGGUUAUGCGAUUCGCGUAUUUCUAGUAAAGUUUUGUUGUUCUAAAGCAUGCAGGUUCUACGACAAUUAAUCACUACCUUCAACAGUGCAUGUCUGAAAAAAAAAAGACUAGAAUGAUAUCAACCGAUUUUAAUUCCCUUAAAUGGCAGGUUAAACCCAACAUACGAUCAAGCUUUAAACAAUUCGGGAAACCUUAUCAAGGUAUGACGUCCUUGUACAGCAUGUUACGUACAUGUAUUUUAUUUUUGACGCACAUGAGACGUUCAAUAACGGAGAGGUAGUAAACAUGUGAAUACUCCAAAAUAUGCGUACUUAGUUUUUGUGGCAGUGAACAUUGCAAUAAAGAUUCCUUUCAAAAAUGAUCCUCUGGCGAGAAGCAAGAUCACACCAAGCUCAUAUUUGUCAUUGUAAUGAUCGCUAAAAAGACCCCAUGGCGGAUUUUUGCAUCGCAGCAAGUCAAUCGUAGGAGGUGACUACAGAAUGAUUUUCUUGGGAUACAAACCCUGCAAAAAGAAUGGAUUCUCUAGCUUUUUGAUUUUUCGGCCCUUUCUAUUCGACCAAAAUGAAAUGAGAAAAAACAAAUAGGAAACUCAUCUAAAACCCGAAAAGCUACUAAUGAUCGAAGGCGAUCGAUUCAACCAAAAAACUGGGUACAACUCGCGAGGUUGUUUGAAAAGUUUUCCAUUCAUCAAAUGAAGAAUGAUCCUCUCAGUUAUGAACGCAAUUUAUGCAAUUGCGUAAGAAGCCUGAAAAAAUUCAGGACUUCAACGGGAUUUGAACCCGUGACCUGGUGAUACUGGUGCGAUGCUCUAACCAACUGAGCUGUGAAGCCACUGAUGUUGGGAGCUAGUCAAUUGUGUGUUCAAGAGAUGAAUGAGAUAGAUGUAUGUGAAAUAAAUCAUAUAAGAACUGCGGAAACUAAAUCAAAUGAAGAGUGGUCCUCGCAGUUAUGAACGCAAUUUAUGCAAUUGCGUAAGAAGCCUGAAAAAAAUUCAGAACUUUUGGAACUUUUUAGAUCGCUCUGUAAUAAUCACGAUUUACUCGCGUUGCCUUUAGAAGAAGGAGGCUAUUUCUUGGUUUUGCAAAAUUGCUGUCUGAAGUUGUAAUUUAUUUGUAGACUUGAAAUGAGUUAAUUUUAAAAUUUUAGUGUAAAAAACAUGUUUUUUAAGGAUGAUGGAAGAUAUAUAGAAGCUGAAGCACUGUUAGAAAAAGCUGUCGAAAUAAGGUUAGUCUUUUUGCAAUGUUAUACUUAAGCGUUUUUCUCUCUAAUUUGAAGUCACUUGAAGUUCUAAACGCAUUAGUGACCUCAACAUUUGACUAACGGGGGAGGACAGGGGGUGGGAGCCUGGAGAAUUAGGGGACAGAAGGGGUACGGGAGGCGGGAGAGGAAAGAGUGGGAAGUGGGUGUUUUAAAGGGCGGGGAGGGGAAAAUAUGGGGAAAUUAUGCAACAAUACUCAAUCUUUCGUAAUCGAAAAAAGAGCUGGUGGGAGAAAGCCAAGAAAAAAAGGGGCAGGAGCCGGGAACGCAAGGUACAGGAGUUGGCAGGUUUGGACCUCCCUAUCCCCCCAAUUGACUAUGAGAAAGUUACGACUUAGGAUUUUUGAGGUAAUUAUAUCCCCCGGCUAUAAAUCUUCCCUGUUGCUGACUAGUACAUUAGUAAACUAUAGGGUUCAGAUUGGUGUGAUAAGUAAUUGUAUGAUGCACACGAUUUUGGUUUGAAAACUCGAAGUGUUAUCCAAAGGUCCCUAUUUGAGACCCGUACAUUGUACAAGGUGCGCGAGAUCGUGUUCGCGCGAGUACUUACUAGAACCUUGCCGAACUGUAGCCUCAUUAUUCCGCGCGGCCUGUACGUUUCAGGUCACGUGGCUCUUUCGUCUCGGAUCGCCAAAAUGCAUUGGCCCAGAAGGCCAGAAUCCUCAACUUUUCCUGUUCAUUGUUGAAAAGCUAAUAGAGAGGCCAACAACGAUACGAUCGGUGUCAUUAGUGGAAUUUGAUUUAAUACCGUAUUUUUCGAUUAAACGCUGCGGCCUUUGUUAAAGUUUAAGCCUUUUCGAUGCGGCGAUUAUUCAAGGGUGGCGUUUAUUUCAAAUCACAUUUCCUAAAUAAUGUAAAUAUAAUGUAAAAUAGGAAGAUGUCUAAAGUCCCAAUAGAGAGUUUUCAUCCGAGUUUACCGCGAACCUCUAAGCGCUGGAGGUCACGUGACAAGUCUUUCGCGUCACGUUUGAGGUUUACGACGUGCGUUUUCAACGUAGGGAGGUAGGUUUUCACGUAUGUCAUUUACCUGAAAGCUUUUAGCGUAUAAUUCUUGUUUCAUCCAACGUGUUGAUACAAAAAUCUUGUGGAGCAAGUCUUAUCCAUUAAGAGAGACACAAAUUCGGGCGAUAUGUUAAAUUUUGUAAAUCCUAUUGGAUCUUGAAAACAAGUGCCAUUCAUGGCUGCUGAUUCAAAAUGGCGGCCGUAAUUUAAUCCACCGUCAAUCUAAAUCGAAUUAUGUUUGAACGUCGAACCGCAAACGGGUAACCGCAAGCCGCGGUUAGAGGUUCGCGGUAAACUCGGAUCUAAAACUCUAAUGUCUUGCUUUUUUGCUGAGAUGGCACAUACCUAUAUAGCUUAUAUAAGGGAGUAUCCCCCCCCGGGUCUGAGAUAACUUAUUUACGCCGUCAUUCUUGUGUAUAGGAAUAACUUUGCGGCGGGCUGGAUGAACUUAGGCACCGUAAAGGCAGCAUUGCACAAAGAAGAUGUGAGUUUGAUAGCUUUAUUCAUGUUUCCACAAAUUAUUGAUUACGAUUUGACCUUCCAGCAAGCUUUAUUUUUCUGUGUAACAACCGGAGAGCGGCCAGGCGCGCAGGUGGUGGUGAGUCAAUCUAGCAGAGAGAGAAUUAAGGGUAUACUCAAAUCGAACUUGUGCCUCGUCUUGUGCCAGUUUUUCCUAUUUCUUUCCUUUGAUUCUCUCUGCACGAUUAUUUCUUCCGCACAACUUCGAACUCUCUGAUCCUACAAAAUUUGUUUCUUAGGAAGCCGAAAAAUGCUACAGCAACGCUAUAAAAUACAGACCAAGAUAUCCAGACGCUUUUUUCAACCUUGGAAAUCUGGUAAGAAAAAAAGGACAAUAGUUUUUAAACGUUCAAAAUGCACAGUGCAAGCAGUGCAGAUACAAUGAUAUAAUCCUUUUACGUGAACCCUGGAUAGUUUCCCAUUCAUUGCUUUUCCAUGCGUAUUUAUACUGACCUUAAAAUCUUCUCCUCCAGUACAUCGAUCAAGACAAAACUGUAAAAGCCAUUGCCGCAUUUAAAACAGCCAUCAAUUUAAAAAACGAUCAUGUGGGUGCCUGGAUGAAUCAUGCUCUGCUCUUAGAAAAGUCAGGUAAAUGUCUGCAAGGGGCCUUUUAACGGGUGGGGAGGAAGGAUUUUACGGUAACUGAGCGAUUUUUUUGUGCUGAUUGGUCGAGAGCUAUGGUCGAUAACCGUCGAUAACGGACGGACCAUUAGAAUAAUUAUGAGGUUGGGGAGAGUGGAUGGGGAAUUUUCGAACCACAUCAAUUUUUUUUCGUGAACAUUUCCCUUUGCUUGAAUUUUUUUAGGCCAGAGCGGGAAUAUUUUUUGGGGGUACUCGGCCUGCAUGAAUUUUUUUUCUAAGAUUUUCCCUUGCGCAAAUAUAUUUCUAUGAUGCUUCACCAAAACUAUGCCAAUGGUCCGACGUGAUGGAAAUUAAGUGACGGUGGCGCAAUUUGUUUUUCUCUUUCUCUUGCGCGCAGUUUGUGGAGAAUUAUUUAACGAGUGGACGUCAAAGACUCUUAAUGUUAUUGUACAAGACAAAUCGACAAUAAAUUUCCAUGUUCCAUACUCUUAUCGAUCAUAGAAAUGACGCGAAAACGUUCAAAAAUUUGCAGUGAAACCAUUCGUUUGCUGAUCGUGGUUUCACUUGAGUGCCGACCAUGGAAUUUUUUUUCGAUUUGUAAGGGAAAGGAGAAAAAACUCACUUUUUAGGAAAGUGAAAAAGAACUUAAGCAAACGUUUUUCGAGCGCAGGAGCAAGGAUUCAGCUUAGUUCAUGUUGGUUAGUGCCAGGCCUUCUAUGCUAGAGGUCCUGAGUUCGAUUCCCAUUUAUGACUUCCGAUCCUUGUUUGACGUCUGUCCUCUCCGUGUAGGAACUGAAAUACCCGUAAAACUAAACGGAACACUGGUGGAGAGGGAGAGAGUUGUGGGAGGGAGGAUAAAAUGAGGGUAACGUCGGCCUCAGGUUUUUUAUUCAGAUGAUGACUAUUCCGAGCAAGUGACGAUUAAUUACCCUCUUAACCCUUAAAGGAAACAGUGAAAUUAUUGUAAGGUGUGGGAAAACUUGCAAGGGUUAAACUACAGUCUUGAAAAACAUUUUUUGCAUAGUAGGGUAUUUUCAGUUAAUUAAUCUCCUCCUACCCCUACUUAGAUCUUCAAAUGAGUCAGUCCCUUUACUGGCGGAUCCCCAGUAACAAAACUCUCGCAAACCUCCACCUCACUUAGACAACCACACAAUCCUGGCUUUUUAGUUGGUCGCUCACAGCUAGAUGCAAUAAAAAAAAUCUUGUGCGAAGUAACGUCUCUUGACAGACGAGUUUAUUUUUAAGGUAACGCCUGGCAGGUUUCCCUUUCUAGGUAACAGAGAUGCGGCGAUAACAGUGAUCAGAGAGGCUAAAAGCCACAUUCCUAACGAGCCGUCAGUUCAUUUCAACCUUGCUAACAUGCUCGGACAGAAAGAUGAGUUUGUGGUAUGUGGUUCGUUACAGAAUUACACUAGGAUCAGACAAUUUAAAGACGCCGGUGAAGGGGAUUUUAGGUCUGGUUCUGUGUUCCCCGUAGAGGCUUCCACUGGUAUUUCAAGAAUAAACAGGACACGGGUAUAAUGCGAGGAGAAAAUAGGCGGGAAAUCGUCCCCGCGCUUUUUCCCCCCCCCUCCUCAAUAAAGUUGCCUCUGCGGGGAGAGGGAUCAGUUCAAACGCAGCGUCUCUCGUGCUUAAUGAAUUUUUUUAUAGCAACACGCUCCCGGGGAGGGUGGAGUGGAGAGAGAAACAGGAAAGAGAGGGAAGGGUGGAGACCAUAGGUUGGCAUCUGGUUAGAUCGUUGAUUAUUGCCUGCUGCACACGAUGAAUGAUGGACACAUGUCUAUUUCUCAAUGUUCUCCCCAUAAAACUCUCCAAGUAAUUGAUUCUCUUUUUUUCAACAUGUCAAGGAAUUUUAAAUUGCAUUUAGUCAGUAUAGCCUGUGUCACCCCAGUUAGUAACCAGACUUAACCGGAGUUAAGUUAGACUGUUCACAGUCCCCUAUUUUUCCGUGAGAUCGUCGAGAUCUAGCGCGUCUUACAAUUAAUGGCGGCCAUCUUGAUUUGCAAAUGUACCGAGGGGCGGGCGUCAGGGAUUAUAGCUCUUCCUCCAAAACCGCCCCCGCCCCCUAAGUAGUUUUGACACUCAUGCAAGAUGGCAGCCCGUAACGCAAAGCGCUCGAUCUCGACAAUCUUACGGGAAAAUAGGGGACUGUGAACAGUCUAGAGUUAAGUUUCGUCUGUGGCGCAGGCUAAAGUUAGGAACCCGAAAACCAAAGCGUAUUCAAGUUCGCUUAUCCUGUUAGGGGUUGUUUACAUGAGUGGGAUGACUUUGAUUUCGUAUCGCGUUUACAUGAUGAUUGGGUCAUUUCAUAUCUCUUUGUUAAAAAGUAACAUUUCAUGUUGAUAAAAUACACGUGUGCUUCAAAAUCGCAAACAUUACGCAUGCGCUACCCUGUUCCAAUCUACUGGCAGACCGAUUUCACACCGAAACGGGUGGUCGUUUGACGUUUACAUGAUACCGUUGCGAGAUUUCGUACCGGAGUGGAAAUCUCGCCCCGGUAAGAGAACUGGGGUAAACUCACGCCGGGGUGACUCGCACCGGCAUAAAAUUUUGUGGUGGUAUCAUUUAAAUAAAUAUAGAGCCAUGAGAGGGAACCGCAGUGAACUCGCUCCGGGGCGAAAGUCGCCCCAGUGUCAUGUAAACACCACCUUAGCCUGCAUUUCUCUGCAUACUUGACGAAUAUUUAAUGAGGGAAAUUAAAGUAAAGUUGAAUAAAUAUUUGUUCCUUUGUAGGAGGCUGAGAAACACUUCCUAAUAGCUUUGAAGCUAAAACCUAAUUCAGCGGAAAUUUAUGGAAAUCUUGGUAAGAAUUCCUCGAGUUGUUACUCUUUCUGGUUAUUUUGCUGUAAAAAUGGUUCUAACUGGGCAUGAAAUCCUACAAUGUGACAUGACCAUUCAGAUAAAAGCUACUGAGCAGUUCUUUGCUGUGGGUGUCUUUAUUAUGAUGUUCAAGAUAAUACUAACUUCUGAGUCUGUGUUUACAGUAAUAGCUAUUAACGCUAAUGAAAUAGCUAGUUGUACCGUUCGGUUGUUAUCUACUGUUGCUUUUAUAAAUAAGUAACUUGUAUCUGUGCAUUAAUGCAGUCUCAAAUUAAUUUCAAGAUAUAACACUAUCGUCUUUUUUUACUUGACAGGAGUGUUAUAUCACAGAUGGGGGGAAACACGAGCAAGCCGGUAAAUACUACAGAAAGGCUCUGAAGCUGGAUCCGCGAAGUGAAAAUGUCCACGAUAACUUAAAAAAGCUCAAAAGAACCACACGGCAGCUCUCCAGUGACAGCCCUAAAUAGAAAGUAACAAUGAUGGAAAUAUUUCUGAUAUUUUUGCGGCGAUGUAAAUAGUUUUAAUAAUUUUAGGUCUGUCACAGUCAGACGUGCUUUAAACACCACAAAAAAAAAGAAGAAGAAAGUAGAAAAGGAGGAAACAAACAGUUAACAUUGUACGAAAUACAAACGUUGUAAAAAGAAAUAUUCGAU